AUGGGGCCAGUCGCCUACUUCAGCCUCAGCCUCCUCGGCUGCCUGAUCUUUAACCCCUCGCUGGAAGGAAUAGGGGCCACGCCCUGUCCCAGUGACUGGCUGUUCUACCAAGGUCGAUGCUAUGCGUUCUUCCCUGAAAAAGUGUCCUGGUCGGAGGCUGAGGUACGAGACUCUUCUCAGGGGGGGGUAACAGGCCUCACUGAUGUUCCUUUCUCCAUUCUCACUGAGGCAGAAGGGACCAUGGUGGCCAGAUACAUCAGCGAGUCAGGCUUCAAGGAUAACGUCUGGAUCGGACUCCACGACCCCCGGAAGUACAGACGCUGGAGGUGGACCGAUGGCUCCCGGUAUUACUACAAAGCUUGGAACGCCGGGGAACCAAACAAUGAUCAUGGUGUCGAGUACUGUGUGGAGCUGGUGAACCAAAAGGGUUUUAAGAACUGGAAUGAUAAAGUCUGUCAUACGCAAAACAGCUACGUUUGCAAGUAUCGACCCUAG